AUGGCAUCCGCUCCAGGAUCAGCCGUUAAAACCGGUGUAAAACCAAUCGCAGCCUCGCGAGUUCAUUCCGCAACCGCAUCCGCUAAUGCACAAUCGCAGUGCUCGCUGUGUCCAGCUCGACACUUUGUUCAUAUCCUUGUGCAAAAAUUAGAUCCGUUAACGCGAAAAGCGUGGGAAAUAAGCAUAAGCAAUACAGAUGCCCCGCCGUCUUACGAGACUUUAAGCGACUUUAUUAAGUCUCGCACUCGCGCGUUAAUGGCAUCCGCUCCAGAGUCAGUCGUUAAAACCGGUGUAAAACCAAUCGCAGCCUCGCGAAUUCAUGUCGCAACCGCAUCCGCUAACGCACAAUCGCAGUGCCCAUUAUGUACAGAGCGACACUUUCUUAAUGUAUGCCCUACUUUCGUGAGCAAGAAUGCGAGUCAACGUCGAGAUAUCGUCAAGCAACAAAAACAUUGUUUCAAUUGUUUGAGCGCAAGGCAUUCCGCACAUGAAUGCAAAAGUAAAUAUUGUCGGGUUUGUCACAAGAAGCAUCAUUCGAUGCUACACGUUGACUCGGAUUCUAGCUCAAGUGCUUUGAAAAUUGCACCGUCAAGUUGCUCGUCGCCUCAAGCGUCGGAUGUGACGUCUGAGGUAAAUUCGCUCAACGCCUCAACCGUAACUCGAAAGCGCUCACCCGUCCUCCUAGCGACGGCCUGGGUAACAGUUCGCAGUCCGUCGGGUCGCACCGCUGUCGUUCAAGCUCUCCUCGAUCAGGGCUCGGAAAUGACAUUCAUCUCGAAAAGUUUAGCGCAAACCUUGCGC